UCAGAUCCUCAGUCCACAGUCCACUCGCGGAGCGGAUCUCUGCCUGCACGCGCGUGGUUUUCCUGCUUUGCUCGGGUCGGUUCUCCACACCUGGUUCUGGUUCUGGUUCGGAACAGUCCACGGGUUCGGUUGGUCUGUGUCCGUGUCUUUCUCACGCGCUCCGUGUCCUUCGGUCCCGUGUGGAUUGUGUUUUUUUGGACCGGUCUGGACCCCCGUGCCCUCGUGCCAUGGCGCGUCCGUUACUGCCGUGUGUCCUCCUGCUCGUGUCCGUGGAGACGGUCCUCUCCUCCGGUGUUUUCGAGCUGAAGAUCGACUCCUUCAGCAGCUCUCGCGCCGUCUGUCGGUCUCCCCCGGACUGUCAGAUCUUUUUCCGCGUGUGCCUCAAACAUUCUCAGGACGUCAUCAGUCCGGAGCCGCCGUGCACCUACGGGACCGCGCUCACGGAGAUCUUCGGUUCCAACUCCAUAUCCGAGAGCGCGCCCGUCAGGGUUCCAUUUCACUUUAAAUGGCCGGGCACUUUCUCUCUGAUCAUUGAGGCGUGGAAUGCUGAAUCCUCUGGACUGGACUCCACAGGCAACCAGAACAACCUGAUCAGCCGCCUGGCCACGCGCCGCAGGCUGACAGUGGGGGAGGACUGGGCCCAGGACGUGCACUUUGGGAACCAGAGCGAGCUGCGCUACUCCUACCACGUGGUAUGUAACGAGUAUUACCAUGGUGACGCAUGCUCCGCCUACUGCCGCCCACGGAACGACACCUUCGGACACUACACCUGCGACGAGGAGGGGAGUCGGCGGUGCCUGGAGGGGUGGAGGGGGGAGUACUGCUCUGACCCCAUCUGUGCCGCAGGGUGCAGUGACAUGCACGGGUUCUGCGACUCUCCCGGGGAGUGCGUGUGUCGCCAGGGCUGGCAGGGCGACCGAUGCGACGAGUGCGCCCGACACCCCGGCUGCGUCCACGGAACCUGCCAACAACCCUGGCAAUGCAACUGCAAGGAGGGCUGGGGAGGCCUGUACUGCAACCAAGACCUGAACUACUGCACCAACCACAAGCCCUGCCAAAAUGACGCCACCUGCACCAACACCGGCCAGGGCAGCUACACCUGCACCUGUCGGCCCGGAUUCACCGGCAAAAACUGCGAGAUCGAAACCAACGAGUGUGACAGCAACACCUGCAAGAACGGUGGAAGCUGCAACGACUUGGUGAAUGACUAUUCGUGCACGUGUCCUCAGGGUUUCUAUGGAAAGAACUGUGAGAUCAUUGCCCUCACAUGUGCAGACGACCCGUGUUUUCAUAAUGGAACCUGUGUGGAGAACGUUGGCGGUGGGUACAGCUGUCGUUGUUUACCUGGAUUCACCGGCUCCAACUGCGAAAAGAGGAUCGGCAGAUGCAGUAGCAACCCCUGUGCUAACGGUGCUCAGUGUUUGGACCUCGGCAGUCGGGUCAUGUGUCGCUGCCGGCCGGGUUUCACCGCUUCUCGCUGUGAGACCAAUAUUGACGACUGUGCUUCCAACCCCUGCCGCAACGCUGGCACCUGCGUUGACGGGAUUAAUGACUUCAGUUGUACGUGCACCCUUGGCUUCGCCGGCAAAGACUGCUCGGUGCGCACGAGCCUCUGUUCCCAGUUCCCGUGUGAAAAUGGCGGCACGUGUUACACCCACUUCACCGGCCCUGUGUGCCAAUGUCCGACAGGUUUCGUGGGUGCGCGCUGCGAAUACCAGCUCAAGCCGACCACCAAGAUGCCUCCGACUCCCCCUCCCCCCGUGGUGAUGGUGGCCUUCGCCCUCGGGUUGGUGACGCUCGCUCUGCUGAUGUGCGCCACCGUCUUUAUUCUGCGUCAACUCCGCCGCAGCAGGGAGCUGACGGCCAUUUCUACAUCGGUUAAAAACGACCUGGAGACAGUGAACAACCGCAAUGCUGUGAUUGGCGGGGGCGGAGCCAUGAACGGGGGCCUACCGGGAGCACCGCUGGGCAGCUUAAAGGAGAAGGAGGCGUUCCUCAUCCCUGGAGGGCAGCUGAAAAUGUCCAAUAAGGAUGCAGCGCUGGUGGAGAAGGGCGGCGACAACGCAGCCAUUUACAAAAACAAAAUGGUCGACUGUAACCUGGUGAAGGAGGAACAGCACAUGGAUAAGAACAAGUUCGACUUUAAGAAAUCUGACUCGUCCAUCAUCGUCCCUCCUCUCAGUUUUGCGAAGGACAACCUGUACCACCCGGUCUUCAUCGUUCCUGAGCAGAUGGAACAGUGUGUGUUCGCAACCGAGGUGUAACUGUCCAACGUUCAGCCCCACCAGUAGAGUGGAGGAACGCUGAAGGACAGUUCAGCCAGAGGAUUGAUUCUACAGACUUUUUUUUAUUUAAUAUUUAUUGGUGCUGCUCAGUGAAGAGACUUUUUUUUUUUCCUUCUUUUCUGCUUCAAUCUUUGGAUGAGUCUGAAAAAAGGCAGUGGUGGACGAGAGAAAAAGGACAGACUGAAUGUCUGGCAUUAUUUGCACUAUUUAUCUUUUUUAUACCUGAAAUCUUAAUAUAAUUUUUGUAACUACAUCUGAUUUUUUUGGGAUCGAACAAGAAACAGAGGAAUUAAAAACUGGAAUUAUCCACCAAUCGGAAAGACCGGUACCUUUAGGAAAAACUACAAAUCUACUGUUUCCUGUGAGAUUUCUCAAAAAGAUGUCAAUCAAAUCAUCAAAGGAAGACUUUACAGCUCCUUGUUGUUGUUGUUAUUGUUGUUGUUUUUUUUUUUGCGUGACUUUCCGCUGUCAGUGCUUUUAACCCACACUGAUUUCUUUGUGUGGAUUCUUUGAAAGCGAAGCAUCCCGCUGUGGCCUGAACAUGAGCCUUACAAUCACCGUCCAAACCUGUGAACUCUGAAGUGCCUCUAAAAGAAAAAAAAAACAACUGCAACAGAACUUAAAGCAAACGUUCACAAAGAAACAACGAGGGACUAGUUUUAGAGAAAGUCCAAGUGGAACAGGAAGUCCUGGUCUCAGUCUUAAAAACAGUUUCUAGUGAAUCUUAAGCAUCAACAAUCAUCAAUAUCCCAUUUUCACAUCAUAAAAGAUAAUCUGCUUUUGACAAUUUCUAUGUUGUAAUUCUUUUUCUCGUGUACAUGUACUUCCUGCCAUUCCCACCUUUUUUUUUUUUAAAUUCUUUUUUUAUGAAUCAUUAAUCCAAACCUAAACCAGCUGCCUUUAUUAACCACUGCUGUUGAAGUACGUAAACAGGAAAAUGAGUCCGAAACCCAGACCGUUCGGACCGGGUCUCAGACUCCAGAACCGUCCCAGCUUCAAUAUUUAAAAGAGCGAAGGACUCCAAAGAGAGUUUAUUCAUCCUCCUCUUUUAAUCCUCCAGUUGAUACCAAAAAUAUGUGUUCCUGUGUAGUCACACCGUCAGUAAUUUAAGAAAACAAUGCAAUGUGUACAUAUCCUCUAGAACAUAGUUUUUCCUAUUUAAUUUUUUUUUUUUUGGUAAAUAAUGUAUUUAUGAAAGAGAAUUGUACAUAUGUCUAUGUUUAUGUGCCUAUUGUUUCUGUCAAAAUCAAGAAAUAUAUUUUUUCAUAAAUAAAUUAGAAAAGUAUUCUGA